CUGGUUCACGUUGGUCCUACGCGGCGCAUCUAUACGCUUCAGACCCUGCAGUCUGAGACUGCGUUUGGGAAUUCCAGAGUGGACACUCGGUCGACUCUCUAUGCAACGCUGUGGCGAUUUCUAUAGAUUCAGUAUCUCAAACAGCAUACUUUCGAGCUCAUAUUAAGGAAAAUGUCAUUGCGCAACACAAAGACGGGGUUCUCCGUGAAGGACCUCCUGGACCUCCCCGACACGAAUGAUGAAGGAUCUGGGGCUGAGGAGACUGAUGAGGACACCACCGAGGAAACUACCGAGGCUAAUGUACGAAGGCUCCCCGAAACUGGCCGGCAAUUAUCCCUCAGCACCUUGUGUAUGACAAGUGGAAGUCAGUGCACAAGAUGGCUUACAUCUGGAAAUGCUUCAGUUCAUUACACAUUGGAUACCCUAUCAGAAGACACACAACAGGAUUUAAAAUCUCCAGAGCUAUCUACGGAUGAGUCUCAAGACAAUGAUAAAGAGUCCUCUGGAGACAACAGCGAUGCGACCAAAAGGAGAAAGCGAAGAGUUCUGUUCUCCAAGGCGCAAACCUAUGAACUUGAGCGGCGCUUCAGGCAGCAGCGGUACCUCUCCGCGCCAGAGAGGGAACACCUCGCCAGUUUGUUGCGCCUCACCCCAACCCAGGUCAAAAUCUGGUUCCAGAACCAUCGCUAUAAAAUGAAGAGGGCGCGGGCAGAGAAGGUAGUGGACAUGUGCCACCUAGCCUCUCCGCGGAGAGUGGCCAUUCCUGUUUUGGUUCGGGAUGGGAAGCCGUGCCAUGCGCUCAAACACCAGGACCUUGCCACGUCUCUGCAGGCCGGAAUAUCAUUCUCCCCCUUCAGUGCUCAGCCUCUCCACCAAAUGCACAUCAGCAGUCACCUCAGUCCGGAGGCCAUUUCACAACUUUCAACGGUCCAUCAGUUGGCACAGAUGCAACGCUGGUCUUGGUGAGACACUAUGAUGGGCAACCAGUUAAAAAGCAAAGCACUGUAAUAUUUCCGUAUUCGUACCUAUACAAGGAUUUUUCACUUGUGGUCGUUACCAUUGCUGUUUUG